UCUGGCGAUAACAACAAAAUCUCAAUCUACAAAACUACAAUUAAACUCCAGUGCGCUAGAGGGCAAUGUUUGUUGUAACACCCGCCAAAACUCCCUCGUUUUAAUUCAUGCAGUUUGUAAACAGCGUUCUCACCUAAAGAGAAGAGUUUGUUUUAAGGAUGGCAGUGAACAGUUGUGUGACUGUGGUGCAACUCGGCUCUGUGAGUCAGACCCAUCAGUCUGAUGUUCAUCUUUUACCUUGUGACGUUGAGCACGACGGAGCUGCACAAGUGGCCACGUUUUUCACGCCGACGGUGAAGGAGAGAAAGCACGAAAAGACAGUGUCGUUUAGGGGGCGGGGUCUGAAAGGUCAGGAAGUAACGCACCCUCAGGAAUACACAGGACUGGUGCUGAAGGAGGUACAGAAACCAUCAUCUGAUCAAGAAGACAGAAUUGUUAAGGUUUCUUCAGUUUUUCAUAAUUUCACAUAUUGGAAUUUGGAGACUCCUCCCACAUCAGAUGAUCGAGUGGUGAUGGCAAUGGCAUGGCCAAAAUUAGCUGAGAUGAUACAUGCACCAGUGGAGGACUGAAAGCUUUAUCAGGACACUUUUACAUUUUCACCUGUGUGUGUUAGCUGAACACCUACUUGAUUUAUCCUUUUUAUAUUUAUGCAGUCUGCAUUGGCCUUUACACACAGUUUUGUAUAAUAUGUAUACACAGUAGUCCGAGUUUCACAGAACAGUAGAUGACUCAAGCGGCAAUUAUUAAAAGGUUUAUUCACAAUAUUAAGCUGUUUUACAUACUGAGAUGAAACGUUUACGUCAUGGAUCAGAUGAAUUUAUUUUGUGUAUCUAGUGAAUUAGAAUAAAAAUAAAAUGAGGACCCAUUUUGGAUCUGAAUAACUACAAAACUACACCACAUUUCAGAACAGAUUACUGCAUGAAGUCAAAACCUUUGAUUUGGUCAAAAGAGCUGAAUUUGAGAUGCUGGGUUUUGUUUACAGACUAAACGAUUAACAUGGUGAGAACCUGAAACAGAUCAGAAUCGGAAGGUUUGAGAUACUUUAAAAUUUAAAAUGCUGAAAUAUUAUUUCACAUGAAUAAUUCUGGACAAAAAAGGUGAGCUUGAGAUCAAAUGUAUGACUGAACACAGAAAUAUAGUGCUAACGUGAUUUUGCAAGAAAUUGGUGACUCAAUUAAAAAGUGCAUGAAUGUUGA